CACACCGCAACCAAGCGCCCCAUCAUCAUCCUCACGGCCAACUUCUUCCACCAAUCCCGUUGAGAUGGAUGCUCAUUACGCUACCUCCAUGGAUUUAUUCCGAGGACAAUCUCAAAUUAUUGAUAGAGUCCCCCAGAUACUUAUAAUUCUUUUUGCGGCUCUAAUCAUCAUCGCCUUUGUGAUAGUCUUCUUCCUUCCCUCAUCUUCUCGAAAUAGAGAGCCCAUCGCUGACCUCGAACGCGACCAAUUACUUCCAUCGGAACCCUAGAACCCCCCCACGUCAUGAAUCGAGACAAAGGUGAAAACGGUAAUGUCGGCGCUUUGACGGGCGACGAAGUGGCAAAACACAAUUCGAGAGAAUCAUGUUGGGUUAUUGUCCAUGGAAAAGCGUACGAUGUGACAGAGUUCCUCCCAGAACACCCUGGUGGUCCCAAGAUCAUCCUCAAGUAUGCCGGUAAAGAUGCGACUGACGAGUACGCGCCGAUUCACCCUCCUGAUACCCUAGACAAGUUCCUGCCAAAGGACAAGCACUUGGGACCUGUCAAUAUGGACACUGUUGAGCAGGAAGAGAAGGUAGAGAGCCCCGAGGAAAAGGCACGGCAAGAACGCAUCAAGAACAUGCCAAUCCUGGAAGCAUGCUACAACCUGAUGGAUUUCGAGACUGUCGCCCGGAAUGUGAUGAAGAAGCCUGCGUGGGCAUACUAUAGCUCCGGGGCCGAUGAUGAAAUCACCAUGCGAGAGAACCACAAUGCCUUCCAUAAAAUCUGGUUUCGACCAAAGGUCCUGGUGGACGUGGAACAGGUGGAUAUCAGCACCACCAUGUUGGGAACCAAGGUUGAUAUUCCCUUCUACGUCACCGCCACUGCGUUGGGCAAACUGGGCCAUCCAGAAGGUGAAGUGGUUCUGACGCGAGGCGCCAAAAAGCACAAUGUCAUCCAGAUGAUCCCUACUCUGGCAUCGUGCAGUUUUGAUGAAAUUGUUGACGCCAAAGAAGGUGACCAGGUCCAAUGGCUGCAACUCUACGUCAACAAAGAUCGAAAGAUCACUGAAAAGAUUGUCAAACAUGCCGAAGCCAGAGGGUGCAAGGGUUUGUUCAUCACCGUCGAUGCUCCUCAGUUAGGCCGACGAGAAAAGGACAUGCGCAGCAAGUUUGACGACACAGGAUCCAACGUUCAGAACACCAGUGGCGAGAAUGUGGACCGAUCACAAGGUGCAGCGCGUGCGAUUUCCAGCUUCAUCGACCCAUGUCUGAGCUGGAAGGACAUCCCUUGGUUUUUGAGCAUCACCAAAAUGCCUAUCAUCUUGAAGGGUGUCCAACGAGUGGAGGAUGUGCUCAAGGCGAUCGACGUGGGUGUCCACGGAGUUGUUCUCUCCAACCACGGUGGUCGUCAGCUCGACUUUGCCCGAUCGGGCGUCGAAGUCCUUGCUGAGGUGAUGCCUGUCCUUCGAGAACGGGGACUGCAGGACAAGAUUGAGAUCUUCAUUGAUGGAGGUGUACGCAGAGCCACUGACAUUAUCAAGGCUCUCUGCCUGGGGGCCACUGGUGUUGGUAUUGGACGACCUUUCCUAUAUGCCAUGUCUGCAUACGGCCUUCCAGGUGUGGACCGAGCGAUGCAAUUGCUCAAGGACGAAAUGGUGAUGAACAUGAGGCUGAUUGGAGCGUCCAAAGUGGAGGAGCUGACACCUGACAUGGUGGAUACAGCUGGCCUUAAGAGUCAUACGGCGGUCGUGCCCCAGGACAUUCUGGGUCAAAGAGCAUAUGACCCUCUGAUCACACCCAACGACAUGCUCAAGGCGAAGCUGUAAUGAUUGUCAAGACCAUGCACAUGGAAAAGAGUAUAUAGGGAUAUGUCUAGGGGCGUCUUUGAGUGAUUGAUGUAACGUACAUAUAGCAAUCCAUUGCCUCGGUGCUGAAAUUUGAAGAGUACAGUACAGGUUCCUUAACAGGUCAGCAUUCAUGCCUGGGGAUGAUGCAUCCAACCAUCGACGACUCAGCAGGAUAGAAGUAUUCGCGUGACUCGAAUGCCUAUAAGGAAC